AUGUAUUGUGACCGCGUGAAACUCCACAAUUUCACAGCAGAGUGUUUUGGAGAUGUUUCCAUUGAUGUGAAUGGUAGUAACUAUGAAGUGUGCUACAGUGAUCAGGAUUUAAUUCAGUCCCGUAAAAAGAUGGGGGCGGUGGUCUGUCGAGAGCUUGGCUGUGGUGAGAUAGUGCUCGUGGAACAGGGCUCCAAAACUUCUAAUGGUUUUCUGAGUAAUGUUGUUUGUCAGGGCGAUGAACGGUCACUGUGGCAUUGUCUGGCAAUUCAUGAGAAAAAAACAUGCACGGGAACCAAAGUUAUAUGUUCAGGCAGCUUGGAUGUGCGUUUGAGUGACGGUCUGGGUCGCUGUUCUGGACGUGUAGAGGUGAAAUGGGAAGGCUCAUGGAGGCCCAUUAUCUCUGAAAGGAACACUAUGAAUUCAGACAUGGUGUGUCAACAUCUAAACUGUGGUGCAUCCUCAAAAAUAAAUAGACAACUUUUCACUGAAGGGGAAAAGACACUGCAAUGGCUGUGGGAUGUCCGGUGUGGAAUCUCUUCAGCAAAGCUCCAUGAGUGUUUCGAGAAUACUGGCUUGAGGACACCACUUCAAUCCGAGAAAAAUAUAGAAAUCAUUUGCCAAAAGGAAGAACUGAAGUUCUUUGAAGGCGAUUCUCCAUGCAAGGGAAAAGUGCUCAUCAAGCAAUUUGAUGGUAAGACUGUCUGGCUGUCUGCAAAACCAGAGGAAGAGAAUAAGAAAAAAGCCAAUGACACAUGCAAAGCAAUGCAGUGUGGAACUCUGCUCUCCUUUGAACCGGAGCAAAACACCAAAGAUGCCAAAGUCACAUGUUCAGGUACACCUCGAGUGGCACUUCAAAACUCGUUUGGAGAAAAAUGCUGGGGAAUGGUGAAGGUCUGUGGAGAUGGCAAGUGUGGAGGGGUUUGCAGCAACACUUGGAGAACAGAUGAAGACUCCAAAAUGAUCUGUGGGAACCUGGGCUGUGGAAAUCCAAUUCAAGCCCAGUUACCACUUCAGAUAAAUAAUCUACCUGCCACUUACAGUAGUGUGUACUGCUCAGAAAAUGUACAAAAUAUGACCAUGUGCAAUUUUAUUCCAAACAAAAACCCCACCUGCAAAUCCCUAGCCCACGUGAUAUGCAGAGACAGCAUCAAAGCUAGACUGGAUGAUCCAAGAGACAAAUGCGCUGGAAAAGCGUCACUGUUUUACACUGGGAAGUGGACACCCAUCUGUAAAGACAGUCUUGAUACAAAUCUUAAAAAUUUAAUCUGCAAGGAACUAUUUUGUGGCAAGAGCAUAAAUGACCAACAUGAUUGGAUUUCACAAGAAGAAUCUAAAUCUACAGGACUAUCAAGAAUUAAAUGUCUGGAUAAUGCCAACUCUGUUUCCAAAUGUGACCUCAAAGAGGUUUCAGAGAAAGAAUGUAUCGUUGGCUAUCUGAAAUGCACAGAAUGGAAACGAUUGCUCCUCUAUAAUAAGGAAGGCGAAUGCAGUGGUCCAGUAUAUGCUCUGCGUGAUAGGAAAACACCCACUCCAGUCAGCACAAGUGGAUGGGGCAGAGAGGAAGGACAAAAGCUGUGCGAGUAUCUACAGUGUGGAAAUUUCAUAUCAAGCAUCCCUAAAGACACAAACACAAACGAGUGGUGGAACAAGACCUAUAAAUGCUCAGGGAAGAAGAAUAUUUGGGAAUGCGAGAGCAAUGAUCAGCCCGCUCAGAAUCAACAGCAGUUAAACAUCCAGUGUGACCGUAAACCUCCAAAAAUGAUGCUCUCAGACAACUGCACAGGCGAGGUGCUCAUAGAUAAAGAGCAUGUUUGUGCUUCCCGGUGGGAUGCUGGGAUGUCCAACAAGUUAUGUGACAGCCUCAAUUGUGGUAAGGCACUCUACAGCUGGACCACAGAGUCCAGAGAAAAAAAUACCUGGCAUUUCAGCUGCACAGGCAUAGAGACAUCGGUGUGGCAGUGUGGCUCUAGAAAAGACAGCUGUAAGAACAUCCUCUCUGUGGCCUGCAAAGAUAGUGUUGAAUUCAGCUCUACUGAGAAGUGUGGUGGGAAGCUUGUGAUCAAGUAUCAAGGGCGAUGGGAAUAUGUCUGUGGAAAACUGACCACGAAUGAUAACAAGAAGUUUUGUGAUGUGCUUAAGUGCAACGAUAGUCGAGAAUUGCUGGAAGAACAGAUAAUAGAAAAAGAAAUAAAGGUGAAAAUUGAUUGCCCAGAAACCCAUUACAACAUUUUUCAGUGCAUGCACCAUCUUAAAAACGAUAAAUGCACUCAUGGACCUGCUGAAAUCAAUUGUGGAAUUACUCCAAAUACUGAAGGUUAUACUACAAAAACUGCAGGUUAUACUCCCCAAACUGCAGGUUAUACUCCAAAAGGAGUAAGAUAUUACAGAAGUAAAAAUGGCAAAGACGUCAACCCGGAUGUGAAUGAAAUGGAUAAGAUGGAUACAGAGGACAAAGUUUUUUUUUUUUUAGGUUUUUCUGAAGAAAAGGCAUUGUUUUUAGAUAAUGAUGACUACCAGGAUGUGGAUUCUCUCAUGGACAAGUCAGGAGAGGAGGAUGAAGAUGACAGAAAGAGGGAUUCUUCUGGGACAGAAUAUGAUGACAUUGAGGGACAAGCCAAAGAAAUCUCUCCUUCUCAAACCCACCAUGAUGAAGACCUCGACAUACCUCUCCUUCCCAAGAGACCCGAGAACAUUCUUGAUCAGGACACCUAUGAAGUGGAGACAGAGAAACAGGAGGACUAUGACGAUGUCAUAUCUGUCGAGGCUACAGCCAAUGAAAAUGCAGGCAUGACAGGCACACGAGCACAUGUAGAUGUAGACGUGGAUGAAGGUGCAGAUUCAGAUUUAGAAGCUGGUCUAUUUGCAAAUGCUGAUGCAGAUUUGUUGACCACAGAAGUAGAAGUUCACGCUCAAGCAGAGUAAUAAAGCAGCCACGAGACCAAAUUGUUCUUUUAAGUUAAUAUUAAUAAGAGAUAAGAUUGUAUGUUCUCAUAACAGUAGAAUAUUAAAGGGAUAGUUCACCCAAAAAUCUAAAUUAUGUCAUUAAUAACUCACCCUCAUGUCGUUCCAAACCCGUGAGACCUCCGUUUAUCUUUGGAACACUGUUUAAGGUAUUUUAGAUUUAGUCCGAGAGCUUUCUGUCCCUCCAUUGAAACUGUGUGUACGGUAUACUGUCCAUGUCCAGAAAGGUAAGAAAAACAUCAUCAAAGUAGUCCAUGUGACAUCAGAGGGUCAGUUAGAAUUUUUUGAAGCAUCGAAAAUACAUUUUGGUCCAAAAAUAGCAAAAACUAUGACUUUAUUCAGCAUUGUCUUCUCUUCCGAGUCUGUUGUGAGAGAGU